UAAAGGCAGAGAGGUGAUAUGAUAAUAAUAAAUUCAUAUAGUUUAUAUGGCACAUGCACACGUGUUAAUAAAAUGUUACGAGUCAGUAACAUAACAUUGAGUAAUGACUCAAUAUUUAUUUCAUUGAAGUAGUUUGUUUUGUUUUUGUUUUUGAACUCAUCGUGGACGUCAUUAGGCACAGACAGGCCUGCUCGCCUCUCCUUAUAAACAGAGAAUGGAAGCUGUCUCCUUCACCCACACCUCUGCUGUCUCACAUGCACACACAGCACCAACUGUCAGAAACAGCUCGAAGCUCAUUUGCAUCUAUAGUCUGUUGGUAGAAGAUCACAAAAAUGUCACAAAGUAUAUCAGCAAACAUAAACACCCAUCAGCACCAAACAAGAAAAAGCAGACAUCAGUGUUACGAAGUCUGUCGGUCUUACAGUUGUAGUGUUACAGCUGAGUCCAGGCUUUCACGGAGAAUACAUAAAAGCACAGUGACAAAGAGGCGCAGCAUCUUUAAUUAAAGAUAUCCUUGUGGAGGAGGUGCCAGACCAUCAAUCGGAACAUAAUUCAAAAGAAUGCAAAGCGGUGAUACUGCACAGCGUUGCGGUGCAGCGUUUUCACAGUUCGUCUCUAAAGAGACUCCAGUGGUUUAGUGACUGUUUCCCCAGCAAGUGGUGUUCGUUAAAACUUAUAUAUAUACAUUUUUAUAUAUAUUUUAUAUUGACCGGCGUGACUAUAUGAAGCUUUUUCACCCAGACAAUGUUCUCUUUUUAAAAACGUAUAAACUUUGUUAUUUGUUGUGCUUUAUGGUAAUGUGACGGUGGCGGUGAGCGGAAGGAGGUGCUGAACGGCUGCGGAGCACACGCGCGCGCGCACACACGCGCGCACCGCUACAGGGAAGAUGGAGGACGGUGUGGCCGUAACGCAGAGGACCUGCAUCCUUUAGCAACAUCACUCCUGUGAGCAGUCAUUUCCAGUAGCCUUUGCUCUGUUGAUGAUGGAUUCCUAAGCCAUUCUCUGACACCACUUUACCAACCAGACAGCCAUGAACCCCCAAAAGACAGAGUUUGUUCAGGACGUUAUGGAGGCGAUGGAUGGUCCUUCUUGCUAUCAACACCACACCAGCCUGUCCCAUAACCACAGCAACCAGGACAAGCACUAUAGAUGCUGUGAGACUUCAGCUGGUGUCACAACAGAAAUGGCCAAUGGUGCAAAUGCUGAAAGCAGAGUUGGGAUGCUACAGCAGUACAAGCCACAGGAGGAGCAAGAUGUGGAGCUGCAACAUGGAGAUCAGUCUUCUAAGCCCCAAGAGAUCCAGCCCAUUCCCCGACCCGCUGUGACACGUUAUCGCAGACAGGGCGACAGUGAGGCCCGGCUCAGAACUCAGCAACAGAGGAACAGAAUGAAGCAGCAGAGGGAGGCAGAGAGAGCACAGCAGGAAAGGCAGCAGCAUGCUAAGAUGACCAAGGAAGCUGAACGUGAGAGGGAGGAUUCUAUGCUGGCCCGCUCAGCAAGUACUGAGAGCGGCUUCCACACCCAUACUGACCGUGCAGAGGGAGACGAUAUCCCAGUGAUGACGUCUCUGGAGCCUGAGGCCCAGCGAGAGUCCGAGGAUGAUGCAAACAGCUACAGCCUCCCACUACGGCCUGAGGCAGAAGAGUACACUGAAAGUGCAGAGGCUGAACAGCAUCAUCUUCAUUCACAUUCUAACUAUGCUCUUCAGUUCCUAAUGCUGCCGCGUGAAUCCUUACUUAAUAUCCCGAAUUCCCAAAGAGAAGAUAAAGCAGAGGAGACACUAAAUGGUGGCUACUCUAACUGUGUCUACACCCAAUCCUACGGCCACUCGGGGGCAAGAACCUGUGUCUCAUCCAGUCAGGACUUGGAAAGUUUAGAUGCUGGACUUGAAGCUUACUCUGAACCAUAUGACACAUAUUCGCUGUCUGAGCAUGUGUAUGAGGAAAUAUGUGACGCUCCAACCUCAGUAUCAACUUCUGCAAAUGUAGCAAACGAUAGAGAGUCUCGACAGCAGACAGCGACCAGCUUGCAGCUGUUGCAGGGCGGGGCAGGAAAAGGCGAUUACCAUCAGCAGGAGGCCGUGGGCUCCCGUCUGCGGCACUACGACGAACGUUCAGAUGGUGAGUCAGACAGUCCAGAAAAGGAGGCAGAGUUUGCUCCAUAUCCUCGUGUUGACAGCUGCGACCAAGAAGACGAUAUUGAUAACAGUGUUAAUGGGGCUAAAAAAAGCUCACAAAGUUUUGAUCCUGCUGCAAAAGAUUCCACACACAAAGAAGAAAAACACCAACCAAACAAAUUCUCUCACAAAAGCAACAAGACUGCCAGUCGAGGGAAGUCGGCCAAGCAGCAGGCUGUGACUUCUGUAAAGGAGCCAGUAGCAGUGAGGAACAGUGUGGAGAAGAGGGAUGCUAUAUCUUUAGCCAUCAAAGACAUUAAAGAGGCCAUAGAGGAGGUGAAGAAUAGAACAGUCAGAUCUCCUUACACACCUGAUGAGCCAAAGGAACCCAUUUGGGUAAUGAGGCAGGACUUAAGCCCCACUGCCGAAUGUGACCUACCGACAUCACUUGGGGCCGAUGUUCCAGUGAUAAAAAGUCCAUGCAAACCAGUUCCAGAGGUCGAUAAGUUCGAAUGUUCACCAGGGGUGCUGCUCUUUCAGUCUCCUGGUUCAGCGUCACCUUCUCCACCAGGAGCAGAGUCCUCCAGUCAGCACCUGUUACAGCACGACGGCUUUGAAACCUCUCCCACCAGUAAAGACUCCAGGAGAAGCCUUGCAUCCUUUCCCACAUAUGUAGAAGUUCCAGGUCCCUGUGACCCAGAUGACCUAAUUGAUGGAAUCAUCUUUGCAGCCAACUACCUUGGCUCCACUCAGCUGCUGUCAGAUAAGACACCAUCGAAGAACAUCCGAAUGAUGCAGGCACAGGAAGCUGUCAGUCGGAUUAAGAUGGCUCAGAAAUUGGCCCAGAACAAGAAGAAGGAACCUGAGGGUGAUCCUCAGCCUAUGACAGAGGUGGAUCUUUUCAUCUCUACCCAGAGAAUAAAAGUGCUCAAUGCUGACUCUCAGGAAACUAUGAUGGACCACCCUUUGCGGACUAUCUCCUACAUUGCUGACAUUGGCAACAUAGUGGUUCUGAUGGCCCGGCGCAGGAUGCCUCGCACUGAUUCUGAGGAGAACGUGGAAACCUCAGAGCCAAGUCAAGACAGCAAGCGCCAGUAUAAGAUGAUCUGCCAUGUGUUUGAGUCUGAGGAUGCCCAGUUAAUUGCCCAGUCUAUUGGACAGGCCUUUAGUGUGGCCUAUCAAGAAUUCCUGCGGGCCAAUGGCAUUAACCCUGAGGACCUUAGCCAAAAGGAAUACAGUGACCUGCUGAACACUCAGGACAUGUACAAUGAUGACCUCAUACACUUCUCCAAAUCUGAGAACUGCAAAAACGUGUUUAUAGAGAAAGCUAAGGGGGAGAUUCUGGGCGUGGUCAUUGUGGAGAGUGGAUGGGGCUCCAUCCUACCUACAGUCAUUAUUGCCAACAUGAUGCAUGCUGGGCCAGCUGAGAGGUCUGGUAGACUGAACAUAGGAGACCAGAUCAUGUCAAUCAAUGGAACCAGUUUGGUGGGACUGCCACUGUCCACCUGCCAAAGCAUUAUAAAGGGUCUGAAGAACCAGUCUCAUGUCAAGCUGAAUAUUGUGAGAUGUCCCCCAGUGACAACUGUACUCAUCAGACGGCCAGACCUGCGCUACCAGCUGGGUUUCAGUGUCCAGAAUGGCAUUAUUUGCAGCCUAAUGCGUGGGGGCAUUGCCGAACGGGGCGGGGUCAGAGUCGGUCACCGCAUCAUCGAGAUCAACAGCCAGAGUGUGGUGGCCACACCACAUGAAAAAAUUGUCCACAUCCUGUCCAGUGCUGUGGGAGAGAUUCAUAUGAAGACCAUGCCUGCUGCUAUGUAUCGCCUGCUGACCGCCCAGGAGCAGCCUGUUUACAUUUAACCCACAAACUGACCUCACAAAUCAACUCCCUCAACCCAGCCCAGACCUCAUCCUGUAUAGCUGAUGAAUUGUAGUGAGUUGUUAAGAUUGUUCUGUUGCUCAAACUCAUCUAGCUGCAACACAAAAACCCAUAUUAUCCAUGUGUAUGUAGGCUUUUAUUAUUACAAUAAAAAGAUGUUCACACCUGAUGCAUUUUCAGUACCUAGUAGUGCCCCAGAGUCUGCAGAGUAUCUUUAUGGUUUACUGUUGAUAUUUUGAAACACAAUAUAUAAUAAUGUGUAUUGCCGUUUAGUUCAUGAAACUAAAACAGUUUCCUCAUUGUUAAAUAAGAUGAAUGAUGUUUGCUUUACACAGUAAAAAUCUUAUUUCCAAUCUUACACAUAAAGCACAUCCAGCCACAGUUGUGGGCAAAAGUUUAAAUACUUUCAUGACAUCGUGGGUCACUAGAUGCUUUUGGUAGCCAUCAACAAACUUCUGGUGUAAUUCUAGCUGAAUAUUUGAUCACUCUUCUUGCCAUAAUUAAUCGAGUUCAUUUAAAUUGGUUGAUUUCCUGGCAUGGACCCAUACUAGGCCCAAACAUGCUGGGGAAAGCUAUUCCAGAAGUAGAUGAAACAUUACUUGAUGUUGUCUGUCUUGAUGCAUGCUCAAUCAUCCAGGUAAGGAAAUCCCAAAAAGUCUGGACGUAGAGUUUUCAGUGGGAGAAACGUUUCAUCAUCAUCCAGGUGACUUCUUCAGUCUCAGCUGAUUGCAGGU